AUCAAGCAUAUGAUAUCAUCCUCUACCAUACACAAUACAAUAAAAUAAAAUAAAAAUGUAAUAAAAACAUUACUCUUUAUAACAUCUCAGAAACUGCCACAAAUAUCACUCACUAGAUUUCAUUGAUUGAUACUCAAUACCCCAAUCACCUUACCUCUAUAAAUUUCCUUCAUACAUAUUCCUAAAAAGAAGAAAGUAGUUAUUUUCGUGAGAAUUUCUUACCGGUGAUGGUAGGAAACAACUCAGCAACCACCGUCAGCCACCUACCGGAGGAGAUUUUAUCGAAAGUCUUCACCGGAAUAACUGACACACGAACUCGAAACUCACUCUCCUUAGUAUGUCAUAGCUUCUUCAAGUUAGAGAGAAAAACGCGAUUAUCCCUCACGCUCCGAGGAAACGCGCGUGACUUAUACAGAAUUCCAACUUCCUUCACGAACGUUACUCAUCUCGAUGUAUCACUUCUCUCGCCGUGGGGUCACGCGCUGUUCUGUUCACCUGCUGGUAAUGAUUCUCCGCUUCUAGCUCAACGGUUACGAAAUACUUUCCCGCGCGUGACUUCACUCACUGUCUACGUGCGUGACCCGCACACGCUUCACCUUCUUCUCUUCAACCACUGGCCGGAGCUUCGUGAUGUUCGGCUUGUUCGGUGGCAUCAACGGCCGCAGGGGUUGCAACCGGGGUCAGACUUCGACGCCUUGUUCUCACGGUGCCGAUCGAUUACUUCACUUGAUCUUUCAUCGUUCUAUCACUGGCCGGAGGAUCUUCCACCGGUUUUGGCGGAGAAUACUACCACAGCCGCCUCACUCCGUCGUUUGAAUCUCUUAACGACGUCGUUCACGGAGGGGUUCAAGUCUAACCAAAUCGAAUCCAUCACUUCAUCUUGCCCUAAUCUGGAACACUUUCUUGUUGCAUGCACUUUUGAUCCGAGAUACAUCGGUUUUGUCGGUGACGAAACUUUAUUGGCCGUCGCUUCUAAUUGUCCUAAGCUGAAACUUCUUCACAUGGCUGAUACGUCGUCGUUUUCGAAUCGGAGAGAGGAAGAAGGUGUAGAGGAUGCUAGGGUGAGUCGUGCCACGCUUGUAGCGUUGUUCACUGGGUUGCCUCUUCUGGAAGAAUUGGUGCUAGAUGUUUGUAAAAAUGUCACCGAGACUAGUUUUGCUUUGGAGAUGUUGAGUUCUAAAUGUCCUAAUUUGAAGGUUGUGAAGUUGGGUCAGUUUCAGGGGAUUUGUUUGGCAAUUGGGUCACGGCUUGACGGAAUUGCGCUUUGCCAUGGGCUUCAAUCGUUGUCUGUUAACACGUGUGGUGAUCUUGAUGAUAUGGGGUUGAUUGAGAUUGGGAGAGGGUGUUCACGGUUGGUGAGAUUUGAGAUUCAGGGUUGUAAGCUUGUUACUGAAAAAGGGUUGAGGACUAUGGCGUGUUUGCUUCGAAGGACUUUGAUUGAUGUUAAGGUUGCUUCAUGUGUCAACCUGGAUGCGGCUGCUACUCUUAGAGCUUUGGAGCCUAUUCGGGACCGGAUUGAGCGGCUUCACUUGGAUUGUAUAUGGAAAGAAAGUGAUAACUUCGGACAAGGUUUGUUCAACUUUGAUCUGAACACUUUGGAUGAACUGAACGGUUCAGAGUUAAUGGAUUGCUUUGGAGGUGAGGAAUGUGGAGAAGACACAAGCAUGAGGAAGAGGCAAAGGUGUGAGUAUGGAUUGGAGGCUGAUGAUUUGUUUGUGCAAAGCAAUGGCAAUGGUAACGGCAAUGGAUACUAUGGCUAUAGCUGGGAUAGGUUGGAGUAUCUUUCUCUUUGGAUAAAGGUUGGUGAACUUUUGACUCAGUUGCCAGUAGCAGGGUUGGAGGAUUGCCCCAAUCUAGAAGAGAUUCGUAUAAAAGUCGAAGGAGAUUGCAGAGGACAGCCCAAACCGGCAGUGCGCGAAUUUGGUUUGAGCAUUCUAGCUUGUUAUCCUCAGUUGUCAAAGAUGCAGCUGGAUUGUGGCGAUACAAAAGGUUAUGUAUACACAGCGCCUUCCGGCCAAUUGGAUUUGAGUUGGUGGGAGAGGUUCUUCCUUAAUGGGAUCGGUAGCUUGAGUCUAAAUGAACUUCAUUACUGGCCACCACAAGAUGAGGAUGUGAACCAGAGGAGUCUGUCUCUUCCAGCUGCUGGCCUGUUGCAAGAAUGCUAUACUUUGAGGAAGCUUUUCAUUCAUGGAACAACUCAUGAACACUUCAUGAACUACUUCCUCAAAAUACCAAAUCUGAGAGAUGUUCAGCUGAGAGAGGAUUACUAUCCAGCACCAGAGAAUGACAUGAGUACAGAGAUGAGGGUAGGAUCAUGCAUUCGCUUUGAAGAUGCGUUGAAUAGGCGUCAAAUAUGUGACUGAUCAAGUGUAAUGUUUGCUAGGAUGCAAUAAACAAGAGAAAAAAGAGGAUAGUUCUUAAGGCUAUAGGGCUUGUUAAUUGUUAUUGCCAAUUAUUAACAUCAAUUACGGCUUUGGUAGAUUAUUUGUCACUUUCCUCUUUUGACACCGUAAAAUCGUGGGACUCCAGUUGGAUUUUUGUUUGAGUCUCAAAUGUAACCAUUCUACCCUCGGCUAUUUUGUUAUUUUCGUGGAAUAAAUAUGCGCGAGAGAUUACAUGCA